UGUGAAUAGUAACAGCCAUGUUGUGAGAGUACGGCAGGUCUCUGUAGCUUAAAUAGCAAGCGUUGGUUUUGCGUUUUAGUUUGUGGAUUUUAUGCAUUUAUUGUGUAUAAAUUAAACUUAGCAGCUUACUGAAUGUCUUGCUAAAGAUCUUUUUGUCUCGGAUGUCAGGGGCACCGACUCAAUGGACACGCAUAUUAUCACGCCAGGUCCUUACCGAGCCACUAAACUGUGGAAUGAAGUGACUAAGCUGUUUCGGGCUGGAAUGCCUGUAAAGAAGCACCGGCAGCACCUGAAGGCUUAUGCCAACUGCUUCACCGCCAGCACAGCUGUGGACUGGUUACACCAACUCCUCAGGAACAACUGUAACUUCGGACCCGAGGUCACCAGGCAGCAGACUGUCCAGCUUUUAAAGAAGUUUUUAAAAAAUCAUGUCAUUGAGGAUGUAAAGGGACGAUGGGGUAUCGAGGACUUGGAGGACAACAAUCAGCUAUACAGGUUUCCACCCACUUCACCGUUAAAACCAAUCCCUGCUGGUUCUCAAGGCACAAGGAAGAAAAGUUUGUCUUUAAAAGACAGAGAGAGCUUUUUCAAAUUGAGAGGUUCCAAGAAGUUUGACAAGGAAAUCCAAGAAAAUAUAGCUCCAGCUGUGGAAGAGUCUUCCAACAAGUUAUCCUCAGAAGAGGCUGUGGACUGCAGAGAAAUCACAGAGGAAGAAAUUCAGGAUAUUUGGAAGAGCGUAACAUUAACACAUUUACAGAAGUUGCUGGGUUUGCAUUCUUUGGAAGAUGUUUUAAAUCCAACAGAAGUCAAUUCUCAUUUUAUUGUGUAUAACAUGACCAAAGUGAACAAGCAUGGCGUCGUUACCUUGGAAGAUAAAACGGAGGAUUUGCCACACUGGGUUUUGUCAGCUAUGAAAUGUCUCGCAAACUGGCCCAAGUUUGACCAGCCGUCUUACCCAGGCUUUGAAAGGGAUGUCUUCAAAUCAGUGUCUGACUAUUUUCACAGUCUUCCUCAGCCGAUGCUGACCUUUCAGUACUAUGAAUUGUUUGUUAAUGUUCUGGUUUUGUGCGGUUAUGCCCCUGCUCCCAGUGCUCAGCAUGGAAAGCGUAAAAACCUGGAUGACCUAAGCUGUCCACAGCCGGCCAAAGUCCCUCAUCUGAACUCUGCCAAUGCCUUUAGAUCCACUGAGUGUCUCUUGUUAAGUUUAAUAAGAAAGGAGUCCUUCGAGGAGGCUGAGUCCCCCAUGAAAGAGGUGUUUACCAGAAAAAUUUACACCCGGUCACGGUCCUAUGGACGCCAACUUAACAGGUUUCCAAAAAGGAGCUGCUCUUUGGAAAGAAUCCUUGAUGAAUCUACAGAUUCAUGUCCAAAAUGGGAGCUCUUCAGGUCUGCUGAAAGUCUAUCGUCCAUCAGGACUAACAGCACUGAUAGUUCCUCUCCGCAAGAAAGUGCUCCAGUAGACAUGGAACCUAAACCUGAUGGCUCUUCCUCUAUGUCCUCUGACACCUCCCCAGAUGAAACUUUUCCAGGUAUAACGAUUUCUCAAAGCAACAGCAGCUCAAGCUCCUACCUUUCCUCAGAAUGUCAACUCGCCAGUCAGAAAACUGCCAGGCCUCGGCCCAGAAGCAUCGGGAACUGUCUGGAUAUAUUAGAGCACAGAGAAAUAUCCGCAAGUUGCUUUAGCAUCAAUGCCCCGGUAGCAGAAAUUACUAUGAGACCAGAUUUGUCCUCCUCUACUGUUAGUCUUAGAGGUCCCAGCUUGGUUCGUUUGCAUGGAAGUUGCUUGGAUGUCAGCACAGGGCCAAGCACGAGUAGACAUUACAGCAGCACUCUGGAUUUGUGCAAGCCUGUUGUGCCUUGUCGCCCCUCAGUGUCUUCUGUUGCACGUCGCCUGAGUCCUGAGCAAAGCUUGCUUCAGCCAUCAUUGGAGCGUCUUGCCAUCGAGACACUGCAACUCUGCACACUUCUCCUUCCUCCGGUUUCUCGACGAAAACUGCAGCUGCUCCUUCGCAUGAUCUCACGCAUGAGCCAGAGCGUGGACAUGCCUCGGUUGCAUGAUACCAUCGGCACACGCACGCUAAUGGUACAAACAUUCUCUCGAUGUGUAUUGAGCUGUGAGGAGGAAGUAGAUCUGGAUGAGCUUUUAGCCACCAGGCUGCUGUCCUUUUUAAUGGACCAUCAUCAAGAGAUACUCCAGGUGCCCAUGUACCUGCGUAAUGCUGUUGAACAACACAUUGCCUUCCUCAGAUCCCAGAAAAGACACCCUCUUUCAACCUACUCAUUCUGCAAGCAGAUCAGCAGUGAGGAGUUUGAGGAGCAGAAGCUGUCUUUGUCUCAAGCAGCUGUUGCAGAGCUGCUGGAGAGUAUUAUUAAGGACAAAGGCAUGUCAGUCAAGGAGAAAAAGAAGAAACUUAGACUGUUUCAGAAGGAAUAUCCUGACAUUUACUCUCGCCGCUUUCCUACCACAGAGAGUGAGGCGCAGCUUUUUGCAGACAAACCAAAGAUCAAACCACCAAUGUUAAUCGGCAUUAGGAAGUCUAAAGCUUUUAGUAUUCGGAACUGAAUAACUCUGAAAACGUGUUGUAUUGGUGUCUAAUUGAGUGUUACGUCAAUGUCAUGGUUAUGUCAUGGAUGCAUUAAGAUUAUGUGACUUGUGUGUUAUCCUUUAGAGUCACUGCUAAUUGUUAUUGGAAUUCCAUUGAGUUCUCACUGUUGGGCAUCAGACAAAUUGCAGCUACUUUUGUGUUUGUGUUAACUCGCCUAGGAAGAGCAGGAAGGCUAGUGGUCCCCAUAACUGGGAUUGUUAUUCUGUUUAAUAUGAUGGAAGUGUUUUUGUUAUGCCAUUUAAGGUACGACACUUAAUUAUUUUUUCAAUGAUUUUUCUCACCUUUAUUUAUUGUAUGCACACAGUUGCCUUACAAUCAUGGGAACUUGGAAACAGAUUCACUUCCAAAUGCAUAAAACAAAAGAUGUAUCAGGGUUAGUUUUAGUGUCCGUAUAAGCAUUCUCUUGAUAUUUGGGGAAUUUUAACUCUGGUGCCUUUGGGAAAACUAAGCCUCUCUAACUGGUGAGUAGAAUUUUAUAUGAAAUGUUUACAAAAGAAUUAUCAGCUUUUCAUUUAAGCAAGGUUUUUUAUAAACCAAAUGAAGGUGUGUCUUGUUUUAUAACAUUAUUGGUCUAUUUUAUUUAUUUUAUGUGUACUCCUCUCCUCAUGUAACUGUUUUUGUUUCCUGAUAUUUUAAUUUUUGGGUUCUUACUAGUUUGUUUUAUUAGUUUUUGAGCUCAUAUUUGUUUUAUCAUUCCUUAUGAAUACAUGCUGAAUACCUGUACUUCUAGCAAAGUAACUUUUAAAUUAAACAAAACUAAAUUCACACUCAUGCUCUGGAGGUUUUUUAAAGUUAUGGAAGGGAUGGGAAUCACCAAGGACUAGGCAGUAUGAUGUAAGCAUGAUACCUAGGUGCCAGUUUAACUUGCAUUGCUAUUCUGUCAGCAAUUCAAGAUUUACAUAAAAUAUUCAAAAUAUAUAAAAUUGAAUUUAUUCCUUUUUUUUUUUUUUUAGAUUUUGUUGUAAACAAACUUAAAUAAUUUGCUCCUACCACACAAGACACUGUGCUGCUGUCAAUGUGUAAAUAGUUUACAGCUAUUUUUUUUUAAUCAGAACAUGAAUUACCACACAACCACCCAAUAAUCGUGAUACUCAAGUUAAUAAAUUUUUCCCUUUAUUUUUUCGUCUUUAGUUUAAACCCACUAUGCAAUAGAUAUGAUUUUUUUAAUAUGAUCUGUUGUCCUUUAAAUGUCAUAACGGUCUAUGUAACCAUUUAGAUAGUUGAGCCUAAUGCUUUAGCAAUUGUUUUUUGUAGUAUUUACUUGAGUACAUUGUUCUGAUUUUAAAAUGUACAUAAACCCAAAUACCUUUAAGCUGCUUCUGAGGUCAGCUCUGGGCCAAUAAAAUAAAAGUAA